AUGGACGUCCUUCUACCCCACCGACUGGCCGGCGCCGAUCUCCGAACAAGCGAGUCCUUUGACUGCGAGGAAGCGUUUGGUCACGGCCCUUUCCAGAAGAGGAUGCUCGUCCUCAUCCUUCUAGGAGCCUUCUCGGCUAAUUGCCAAACCGUGGUGAUUUCCCUCGCCACCGGUGACGUCGACCAUUGGUGCAAGCCGCUCGCCGGUUUCAACAUCUCUGCAGCCGAUUGGAAGAAUAUUGCCAUACAGAUCGAGGCCGAUGGACGCUUCAGCCGCUGCCGCAUUUACGAACGCUGCAAGCCACCCGCUGAACACGGCGAUUUCGCUGAGCCUCCCAAGAUCGGCGGUGUUCUAACCGGGACCGACGAGUGGCACAGCCGAUGCUUCCAAAACACCAGCGACCCACGCGACGUGCCCUGUGAAGAGCGGGACUACGACGUCAGGUUGGCCGAGGCCAGUGCGGUGAGCUCUUGGAACAUGGUGUGCGACCAACGUUUUCUGCCGACCAUUCUUGUCGCCCUGCAGAACGCCGGCGCCCUAGUUUCCCUUAUCCUAGCCGCAGCCUUCGUAGACUACGUCGGCAGGAGAGUCAUGCUACUGUCCUCCGCGACAGCGGUAGUCACCUGCACGGUGUUUACCUUCGCGGCGACAAAUUACGUCCGCUACGCUGUGGUGCGCUUCCUUACCGGGGCCAUUGUCGCGGUACACACGAUUUUUACCUGCCUCAUACCGUUCGAGGUGAUGACGCACGCCCACAGGCCGCAGCAAGUGCUCCUCCUCGCGGCUCUGGGCCUGGCGUUAUGUGAGGUUUGGAGUGUCAUCAUCAAACCCAUGGUCAUCGACUGGCGUCUGAAGCAGGUCAUGUUCCUAGCCCCAACGGCUCUCCUGCUCCCGGCUUUGUCUACCGCCCGAGAGUCGCCUCGUUGGCUCGUCGCGAAAGGGAGACUGGAAGCGGCCGAAGCAGUCAUGAUGCAGGCUGCCGAAACCAACAGUACCCCGCUUCCUGUCACGGCCUGUCUCGUGGCGAAGCUGAGAGAACAGAUCAAUAACCACGCAAGUCGCGAUGGUGGUGACAUGGAAGUCUUGGUCGACUAUCGCUCCCUCCGGCGUCGAGCGUUGGCGAUGUUUGCCGUUUGCUUCUCCAUAUCUUUUGUUUUUUACCUCGAUGCCUUCUCGACGGCGCAGUACAACGAAUUUUGGAUCCCCUGCCUCACGGCUGUCAUCACGCUGGCCGUGUACGUGGGGAUGCACUUCCUGAUGACCGGCGUCGCCCUUGUCAGAGUGCUCAGCGUGUGCUUCCUGUUUACGGGCACCAUACGAUCCGCGCUGAGCGUGGCGGUGGGCGCUGGAUUCGUCAUGAUCACCAAGAUCUUACUCGUCCUGUCCAAGGACGUCUCUAACGUAAUGUUUCUACACUGUUUCACCUACGUGCUGGAACUCUUUCCAUCGGCAGUGCGCGCCGGUGUCGCCUGGUGGGCGUUUGGCUUCGGACGUGUCGCGGACAUGUGCGCGACAAUGACCCUCGUCGUGAAGCCAGCGGGGCACGAAGACGUGGUGUUCGCCAUUGCGGGACUUUUCCUCUUCGUCUCCUUGCUCGUCAUCCGGCUCCUUCCGCGGACGAAAGUGGUGGAAUACGCACGAAUCGUGGCCAUUCGUGCAUCAAACUCUACCAGGAUGUCCAUGGAUCACAUGAAACGAACCCUAAUACAGAGGAUAGUACGCAAGAAGUCCAAGACCAGAAGCCUGGAAAGCUCCAAGUCAUCCAGCAGGAAGAGUGGGAAGAGUGGUGGCAGCAAAAGUCCGGGCAAUUUAAUGUUUCUCGUCGGCUUCAAACCGAGCGAAUGCUGGAAUGAACCCACCGCAACCUUAAUAUGA